UAUGCUACACUGUUACAGUGCCAAACUUCAUUACCCUCUUCUGUAUACUGGAUUGUGUCUUUAGGUCUCUUUCUGUGAUCAAUAGCUGUAGUUUCCUCAGAAGACAGGAGUUAUCAGAACUGUUGCUCUUCUGUUAAUUAUAUACUAUGUCAAGACUCAAGAGGGCACUUUUGAAAGUGAUUUAGAAGCAAAAGCCUAUAGUUAAUCUGACAUAUAAGAACCUAUGCAAUUCAAAUCGUGCUAGCAUUUACAGUACUCAAUUGGCAAGGCCCCUGAGGAGAAUAUUAGAGAAAGCUAAUAUAUUUGAGGUGUAAUUGUUAAUUUGAAACAAUUGACACAUCUACCAGUUACAGAGACAUAAUGGAGCACUUCCAACUUUAAGGCAUGACGUAACAACUUUCUGCAGGCAAAACCUGACAUGGAAGCUGAACUUUGGAGAUUUGUGAAGGAUUGAACUUAGGGAGUACAGGUCAAGAAGGCAACUGAACUAGGGGAAGUACAGGUCAAGAAGGUAUUCCAUAGAAGAUAUGUGAUGUUCCUUUGUCAUGGCUUUUGCAAAUAAAGUUGGUGGUAGAAAUUGGCCAGUCAUAUGGAAAAUUUGACAGCUUGGAAGGGCUUGGAACUGGAAGAAUUACAUCAAAGUAUCAAACAUCAUUUCAAGUUAGCCAUGAGGUAAAUUUUGAACAGCAGUUCACUCAGAAGAUCAGAUCAGAUACAGAUUCUGUCCUUGCUACCAUUGUUGGAAAAUUUGUUUAAUGCUUCUUUUGCACUAUUGGCUUCUGGGUUGUAGCUGGCAAAUCCCAAAAGUGCUGCAAUAAUUAAUGCCUUUCCUUCUGUCAAAUUCCUGAAGUUUUAAAGGCAGAAGACAUUAACUCUUGUAAGCAAAACAAGGUGUUGAGAAGUUUUUCUUUGGUGUAAGUGUAUAACCAAAAUAAUGGAGAACAGAUAUUUGAGGCAAUACAGAAGUGAAGAGUUCCAAGAAGAAGAUGUGUGGGCAGUGGUCAAGGAGGAGAGCGAAACCGGCUUCAAGAUUGGUGAAUCCAACGGCUGUCCAAGAACUCCACACUCGUUCUCAAGACGCCUUCCAAGUGCAGCAAGAAUGAUUCCAGGAUCUCAGAAACAUCAGCACGUUGAUAACAGCAAAAAGUUCGAAUUGGUGCAGAGUUCAGCCCCUGUCAACGUUCCUGACUGGUCUAAAAUCUAUGGCAAAAGUCCAAUAGAGAAGAAUAAUGGCAGCUGUUCUUCAUUUCUUGAUCGUAAUCGUGAUUGCAAUGAUUAUUAUACCGUACGUGAUGCUGCAGGGAGUGAUGAGGACGAGGAUUAUGAGAACGAAAAUGAAGGUGAUGGCGAAUUGCCACCACAUGAAUGGUUGGCAAAGAAGCUUGCUAGGAGUCAGAUUUCUUCAUUUUCUGUCUGUGAAGGUGUUGGGAGAACUCUCAAAGGGAGAGAUCUCAGUAGGGUGAGGAAUGCUAUUUUGUCAAAAACUGGAUUUCUUUGAUUUGUGUCAAUUUAUGCACAUCUUAUGUAUGCAUCAGGUAUCUUGGGCUGUGUUUUUGUAUAGUUGGGUAGAUUGUGAUACACUUCUUUCUAGUUGACAUCUAUAAAUUAAGUUGCAAAUUUUGAUUCGGUUCAAGAAAAAGUGCCGGUGUAGACAGUGUUGCAUAAUCUAGCAUUCUAUAACAGGAUUUGUUAUUGUUAGUAUAUAGGUUUUAAUUCAGAAUAUUUCUUAAUAGUCGCGCAUAAUAGUUUGUAAUGUCCAAGAAUUUUUCACAUUUUGUACAUGGAUUCUGGUUAAGUUUGCCUUGGUUUGCUGGGAUAAAAAAAUUCUUGACUUGUUGACUUGA